CACCGCUUCACUGCUUAGCCCAUUCAUUGAACCCAAGGUAUCAUUAUUAGUUAAACAUGAUAUAUAUAUAUAUAUAUAUAUAUAUAUAUAUAUAUAUAUAUAAAAGUUUGGUUUGUUAUUAUUUUUGUAAUAGGUUUUAUAGUGAAGUUUGGCUUGCUGCGGAUCCCGCUAGGGUCCCUCCUCAUAGGGAUGGUGAGAUCUCCCAAGAAAGGAUGAAAUGCUUCCGAAGGCUCUUUCCAAAUGGUGAUGAUUACGAUAUGGUUUUAGAGGAGUUUGCUUCGUUUUCACUUAAGACAGGGCCUUUUGCAGAUAUUACAUCUCUUUCAAAGAGGGGAAACACAGAUCCUAAAAGUUGGUGGGCUAACUUUGGUGCUCAAACACCAAUCCUACAAACGCUCGCUUUUAGAGUUCUUGGUCAGCCUACAUCUUCAUCAUCAUGUGAACGUAAUUGGAGUACUUACUCUUUUAUCCAUUCACUUAGGCGGAACAAGUUAACUCCUAAGCGUGCUGAAGAUUUGGUGUUUGUGCA